AUGGCGAACAAGCGCAAGCUCAAUGAACACGAUGUCCCUGAAGAAGAAUCUCCGCAGCUUACGAAACGCAGAGCGAGCGAUGCAUCCCAGAGCGACGUGCCCACCACACCGUCCAAGCCUACAACCGCGCCUGCUGCAUCUUUCGCCGAAUUCGAACUUGAGCCACGACUACUGCGGGGUAUAAGAGACCAGAGGUGGAGCGCACCGACUGCUGUACAAUCGAAAGCCAUUCCUCUUGCCUUACAAGGUCGUGACAUUUUGGCGCGCAGUGGCACGGGCACAGGCAAAACAGCAGCGUACCUUCUCCCUGUCCUCCACAACGCCCUGCGACAGAAAGGCAAAACCUCCUUGAUUCUUGUCCCUACCAAAGAGCUAGCUCUACAGAUCACCAAAGUUGCCAAGGCACUCUCGACACACUGCGGGCAGGACAUCCGGAUACAGAACAUUGCUGGCAAAGAAUCAGAGGUUGUCACGAAAGCAAAGCUGGCGGACAACCCAGACGUAGUCAUUGCAACACCUGCGCGAGCGAGUGCGAACAUCAACAAUGGUGCACUGUCUGUGGCAGAGCUCGCGCACUUGGUCGUCGAUGAGGGAGACUUGGUCAUGGGCUAUGGAUUCAAGGAAGACCUCGACCAGAUUGCGCAAAGCAUUCCAAAGGGCGUUCAGAUCUUCCUCAUGUCCGCCACACUCAACACUGAAGUUGAGUCACUUGGCAGCUUGCUAUGCACUGACCCGGUAGUGCUGAAGCUAGACGAUCUGGACAAGGAUGCGCAGAAGGUCAAGCAAUAUGUUAUCAAGUGCGCAGAGGAGGAGAAGUUCUUGUUGAUCUACGCCAUGUUCAAGCUCAGGCUAAUCAAGGGCAAGACUAUCGUCUUUGUUGGCGACACUGACCGCUCGUACCGCGUCAAGCUGUUCCUCGAGCAAUUCGGCAUCAAGUCGUGUGUAUUGAACUCGGAGCUGCCGCUGGCGUCGCGCCUACACAUCGUCGAAGAGUUCAACAAGAACAUUUACAACAUUCUGAUCGCAUCAGAUGAGACUGAGAUCUUGGGGUUAAGGAAGGAUGACGGUACCUCACGGCCAAGGAAGAAGUCAAAGACAGAGAAGAAGGCUGCCGAUACUGACUCCGGCGUUUCUCGCGGUAUCGAUUUCCUCAAUGUUUCCUGCGUCCUCAACUUCGAUUUUCCCUCUUCUUACAAGUCGUACUUCCACCGGAUCGGCCGAACCGCGCGUGCCGGAAAGUCUGGCACCGCCAUUUCCUUCAUCAUUCCUAAGGACAAGUACCGCAAGCACAAGCCGACAACAUUUGCAGCCUGUGAGAACGACGAAGAGAUUUUGGACAAGGUGGAGAAGCACCAGACGGAUGGGCAGAAGCUGGAGAACUACAACUUUGACAUGAAGCGCCUUGAGCCCUUUAGGUACCGUUUUGGCGAUGCUCUGCGGUCGGUCACAAGGAUCGCUAUCCGCGAAGCACGCAUUAAGGAGAUCAGGAUGGAGCUGUCCAAGUCGCAGAAGCUCUCCCGCUACUUCGAGGAGAACCCCGAAGCGCUCGCCCAUCUCCGUCACGAUCAGACCCUCAAUCACCCCGCUCGCAUACAACCCCAUCUCAAGCACAUUCCAGACUACCUGCUUCCAGGUGGAAGGAAACCCGAAGACGUCGGCUUCGUUGGGUUGAACAUGCCCAAGCCUGGUGGCAGGAAGUUUGUCAAGGGUGGUGGAAGGAGGAAGGUCGUUCGCGGAAAGAACGGGAAAGUUGAUCCGCUGAAAACAUUCAAUGCGAGGGGCAAGGGCAAGAAAUAG